UUGUCUUUUUUGUCAUGCGGUUCUACCAUUAAAAAAAAUUAUUAAAAACAUAACAUUUUCACGAAUUUUUAGAUUUGGUGAGCGGAGAUGGAUUUAUCAAAGAUAGCUUUCAGGCAAAUUGUCAGCCAAGCCAAGCCAAGUCAGUGUUUGUUGAUUGCUGAUUCUUGCUGAUGCUAGAAUCGCGGGCAGCGGGCUGUUUCCAAGCAUUGCAAGGCUCAAUUCCGUCCUGUAUUUGUGAAGGAGGUUUGCGUUUCUACUUUGCGUCCUAGCUUGGCGUAGCUCGACAUUCGUGUUCCACGCUGCGACUCAGCGGUGGUGUAGCCAGCAUGCUCUGCUGCAACGAGUGAGAGCCCACGUACAACUUGCGCAGCUGAACCCUACGGGUCCAUGUCUUACAAAAACGAUAAGUCUAGCGGCCACGUGUGCGCGGUGGUCGGUUGUCGCAACAACCAGAAGAAGCGCAAACGGCUCGAGGAAGAGGUGUGCCACGAGCACAGCGUCCCGCGCAAGGCGUGCGGCUGCACAGUCUACCGAUUUCACCGGUUCCCGGUAGACGCUCGACUGCGCCAAAAGUGGCUGGCCUUCUUGAACCGAAAGGGUUUUGUGCCAAGCCACCACACCAGGCUGUGCUCCGAACACUUCAUCGACGGCGAUCGCGCCAGCUGGCCUGUCCCCAUACACAGAGUGGCCCCCAAACGAAGGGCAGUGCCACGAAAACGGGCCACAACAUUGCCCGGCGCACAAGUUGAGACGGUGGAUCGACGAGACAAACGAACGACAGCCAGUGUUGCAGCAAGUCAGGUUCACAACAUUGUGUUUUGGCAGAUGGCCACGGGAGAGAAUGUCGAAGUUAUCUCGAUACGGGGUCGAAGUGCGGGCAUCGCCGACGAGGAAUUUCUCGCCAAAGUAAACUUGGACGACGUCCAAUUCAGCGUAAGAGCAAACUCCGCCGUCGCUUCGAGGGACGAGGCCAAUCCGACCACCGUCGGCCGGCUGGCAGAGGAGCGAGAAGAAGCCAUUGAUUUCUGCCAAACUGUCUACGAGGAGCCACAGCUGCACAUGCCCCGGCGGUGCACUCAACGCCAGGGUGCAUCUGAAGAUGACCAGCAACAUGUUCCAUCCAUCGUCUCGAGCUAUUCGUUGGCAGCACCCCACAAGCUCUUUCCUCCAGUACCCGAACCAGAUGAGGUGGUUACAGGGGAUGUGUCAUCGGAAGACUUGUGGCAACCCGUGGAUCGUGAGUGCCCAGCAGUCAUCAAAAAAGAGCAGGAAGAACCACCAAGUUCGUCUCACGAGACCUCGCUUCAAAAAAAUGUCGUCAUUGCCAAAGACCCAGACAAUUUGCUUGAAAGGCCCACCACUCAGGAAAGUCCAGUCAUCUUGAAACAAGGACAAGUUUCUGAAAGUGUGUUGGAUGAGUCAAAGAUACAGAAAACUGUAGUUAUCAUGAAGAAAGAACUAGGUCCAGGAGGCUUGCGGCACUAUACGUUUCAGGAAUUUCCAGUUCAGCAAAGCCCGGCUUUGCCGAAGCCUACUCAGCAAUACCCGGCUGAGCAGAUCCCAGCUCGUCAAACUUUAACUCAGCAGAUUCUGGCUCAGCAUAUCCUUGCUCGGAAAAGCCCAGCUCAGCAGGUACCAGCUCAGCAGGUACCAGCUCAGCAAAUCCCGCCAAAGCAAGUCCACACUCAGCUAAGCCCAGCUCAGCAGAUCCUGGCUCAUCAAAGUCUGGCUCUGCAAAACCUGGCUCAGCAAAGCCUGGGUCAGGAGAUCCCAGUUCAGCAGAUCCCGGCUCAGCACACUCGAGUUCCGCAGAUCCCACCCGAGCAGAUCACGGCUCAGCAAAGCCCAGCUCAGCAGGUCCCAACUCGGCAAAGCCCAGAUUCAGCUCAGCAGAUCCCCUCUCAGCAAGACCCAGCUCAGCAAAGCUUAUCUAAGCAGAGGCUGACUCAGGAGAGUUCAGUUCAAGAGAGCCCAGCCGUAGCUGAACACACACCAGAACCUGUGGACCAGCAUCGAGAGCAGGCUUCCUCAUCUGCUGCCCCUGGCCAUAAUGUGCUCAGGUCGCUCCUAAACGCUCCGUCGCUCUCCUCCACGCUCAAGGACCAGGCCGCACGCUGGGGUUUUGCCGGACUGUCGGACCACGGUUACUGCAAGUCAGGCCCGUCAGAACUCCGGAGGCGGGUGAAAGAGGCCACGGUCAGGGAAGCCCUCGCACAGCUUCCCUGGUGGGUGCAGUGCACGAUGAAGCCCACGUGAUUAUCCCCCGAAACUGCCAUUCGUUCGUCGACUUCUCGCGAGGCUGCCCGUACGACCUUCGCACACGGCACCUCCUACGUCACACACUCGUCACGGAACUGCUCGCUCAAGGCUGGUUCACACUCUCGCGUUGGAGCGUGCUUGAGUAAGUGUGCUCGAGAACGCUAGAGAAUCUAGAUUUAACAAGAUACUGAAUCGAAACUCGAAAUACACCUCUCACGUUCAGGAACAAGUUAAACGUGAUCAACUGAUGACAAUCGCAUGCUUGUAUUUUGAAUGGAUAGCUAUAUUUUUCAUUCCAAAGGAUCGAUUCCAGCGAGCGCUCCUAGACGAGCCAUAAAUGGCCCCUCCUCGCUCCCCGCAGGAGUUGAAUAGGCCGGGAGGGAAAGAAAAUCCGGUUCAACGGUGCUCGUGCGCACGCAGCUUGCCGCCGUAUUUCUGCGGAGUGGCGCUGCUCUUAGGGUCGGAGCGACGUAACGACGUUCGGAUCGUUCCUUUUAAAUGAUGCUUCGGCGUCUUUUCGAGCAAAAAAUUGGUGUCUUCUUGGUGCGGACAGAAUGGGGUUGACAUUUGGACAAUGAAACAGGCGCCUGAAUUUUGUUGCAGUAUUUCUUUAAGAGAGGGUGCAACCAAAACCAUGUUUGCAGUUUAACAGCAGACGCCUCCCGCGACGAUCGGUCGCAGGUACUUGUGCGUCGCUUCGUCGCGUGGCGAAGAGGAAAGUGGGCGGGGAGGCGGAGACACUAGCAGACGAUCCAUGCUUUCGUCUCCUCCUCGCAACUCGUAUUGCAAAUGCUGCCCGUGAACCACGCGACCCCCACGUGCGAAAAACGGUCGCUUAUAACAUCGUCGGCAGUGUUCCAGGGCUGCCCGUAGAUGGCACCAAUGCGCCGUCUCGUCGUAAGCGGUCAUACGGGGAAAUGCAACACACGUAAGUUCGCUCAAACGUAUGUGCAAACCAGCCUUAAGUUUCUGCACCUUUGGUGCGACUCGGAUCGUGUGGGUUGCCCCUUCCUGCCUCUGGGCGGUUCGUUACGCGCCAGUCGAGUGUGGUUCUCCGCAGGAGGAUGCUUGCAAAUGACUUUCUUGCUCCACAUUCGUACAAACUUGCGUUUCCGCCGUGCAUUCGCUCGUUACGAAAGGGCACCGACUGCAGAUGUGCGGUCGGUUGCAUUGCCGAAAUAAAGAGUGUUUGGUUGCCUCGUCUCGAUUUCUCUUUACUAACGAGUUUGACUGGUUCUUAUACCGUCGACGUCUUUAGUGAGGACCCAGCUUUUGCAAACCUUGCAACUCGAAAAAUAGAGUGCGAAAUUGACCGCACAAUUGUGUCACUCCGUGGUAAUGAAUACAGAAUGUAUCACUCCAAAUCGCUAUAUCCUGUUCCCAUCGAACAUUCCCGAAACUGCCACUGCGCAAAAUUCUAGAAAUACUGAGCCUGCAAAAAUAAAGUUGUUUAGUGUUUUGCUUUCCA